GGCUUCCAGCUUCUAUCACUCUAUGGUACCACAGCCCACUUUUGUGCCUCCUGCUCAGAAUACUGUUCAACAAGAAUCUCCAAAAGAGAAGAAGAAGAGAACUAGGAAUCCAGAGAAUUGGAAGAAAGAGAAAAGAAAACGUGCAAUAUUGUCGGGCCAGGCCUACGUGAACACGAAAGGCGAGUUGGUAGGUCCUCGCGCUAUAGGCCCUGAUUGUAACUGCAAGAAUAAAUGUUUUACUGUCGUGUCCGAUGACAAUCGGAACGCGAUAUUCAACGGAUAUUACUCUUUAAACAGCUAUGAUGAGCAGAAUGCUUACCUAUAUGGACUUAUACGUAGACAUGAUAUUCAGAGGAAACGUAAACCUGUUUCGGAGAGAAGAACUUGCUCAUAUAAAUAUUAUGUACGAAUUAAAGGAAAGGAACUUCAGGUAUGCAAGAAGGCUUUUGCCAAUAUCCAUGGGAUCUCUGAUAAAAAGAUAAGAACACUUUGCAUCAAGCAUGAGCAAAAUAUUCUUUUUCCAAGAGACAAUAGAGGUAGACACAAAAAUCGACCCAAAAAGGUCACACCAGAGUUGGUGACACUCAUCAAACACCAUAUCCUGAAAAUGCUUUCUGGGCCAAAUGGCAGUGAUUUCAUUAAGACCGAUAAGAACCAAGGGCCAGAUGUCAACAUUUCUAAACUUCAUAAGAAUUUCCUGCAGCAGUAUGAGCCAGAAGCAAUAGAUCCUGAGAGUGAUAAGGUAAUUAAGGAUUAUGAUGCCAAGGUUAAAUCGUGGUUGUAUUUUAAAGUAUUCCAUGAAGAGUUUAAGUCGAUGGAUUUCAACACUGUGAAACGAAAGUUGUCUGAUCUCCGGAAGAGUUUAGAAGCAUCUGGUGCUCUGCAGUCCACCAAGAAAAAGACUACCAAACAGUCCAGACCACGACCUAGACCACAGGAGAACCAGGGUGCUCGUAUUAACACACCUAAUGAAGCCUCUACAUCAUCCAUAGGCGUUGCAGUUUCAGCAGCACCUACAACACAAAUGAGUGGAUACAUGGGAGGACAACAACCUCCACCUUUACCACCAAACCUUCAGCUGAGUGUCUUGGGUCUUCAGCAUCUUGGCAACAAUGCUCAUGCUGGUGCAGCAUUUAAUCCUGCUGUGGCCCAACAACCUCAGCAACAACCUCUAAAUCUCCAGACUGGUGGUGGUGGAGGUGGUGGCCAGGGUGGAGAGCAGCCACAACCACUUCCCCUUAAUUUGCAUUCAAUGGGUGGCCAUAUGCCCUCCUAUUAUCUCUCACUUGGUCACAUGUCAAAUCUGAUAUCUUUGCCAGUAUCGUCAGGAGGUGGAGUUCAGACUGGGAAUGCUCAAACGGGCAAUUUCCCCACUCAACAUAAUAUGCAACAGUUUAACCCAGGUUCUAUCUUACCAACACAUUCUGUAGCACAGGCAGCGCCUGGACCUACUGGCCAACCACAUGUUCUCCAAGGUGGUGUAGGGGUAACAUACACAGGAGGUCAACACAAUCACAGUAUGUACUAAGCAUUGUCACCAGUCUUUAUAGCAUUUUUUAUUAUUAUGAUUUUUUUUUUACUUGUAACCCAUAUUGGGAAUUUCAUGAUGUAAUCUUUUAAUAUUUAUCCUUAACAUUGGUAAUUUGUUAAAUGCCAGUGCAGUUUCUUUUAUUUGUUGAUACAGGAUAUGAGAGAUGUUUAGAGUAUUUUUACAAAUGGUGCUGUAGAAGUGGAAAUAUCAACAAAACUUCAUUGAAUUAUUUUUGGAUUCCUCCAUAAACCAAGAAGUGGUGGAUACAUCAUGAAUUAAAAAAUGUAGAGUUUCUGUGACACCUCAGAGGAUGAGGAAACUAUGGCUGUGCUAGGGUAAAAUAUGAAGUGGCUGUCAUUUAAAAUAGUGUUCUUCAUACCGGUUCAUACAUUUUGUUCUUUACUUUCUUCAUUAAUAACAUGAUAUAGAGAAAUGUGUAAAAAGAUAUAUCUUUUUAUUUUGUUUAUAUGCAAGAUAAUUUUGCCUUUUGACUGACCAGUUGGAUGUCAGUUUGUUGGUUGUAUAUUUUGACUUCUUUAAUAAAUCCUUAA